CUCUUUUCCUUCUCGUACAAAAUUUCCUCUUCCUUCCCGUUCGUGGUUGAAUGUCGCCUCUUUAAUAACAACAAGAAACCGCUACAACUUUUACACUCAGAAUAAAAAACACACUCUGACACACACACACACACACACACACACCCACACACACACACACACCGCGGAAUGGAGACCGGAGAGAGCCGCAAACGGAAGCUCUGGCGGUGGUGAGUGAGGAUCAGUCCAUAUUUGAACCGGCGUUUGGAAACAUGAAGUCUGAGAUCACGUCUCCGGCGGCGCAGGCCGGAUUCAGACAGGGAUCAGAGGAAAGCACAGAGUCCGAGUGGACGAACACGACAGCGAGCAAUCCUGUGAAGAAAAACGAACACGUCAACGGAGCUAGUCGUGAGUCUCCGGUUGAGGUCAGCGCUGCUAAAAGAAGUCGUCACAUCAGCAGUACUGACGGAGGACAACAGCCGUAUCAGCCGUCAUACCCGGAGCCGAGGACGAGUCCACAGAGCACCACGGAGGAGAAAAGAGUCAUCGUCCCUGCAGACCCGGAGGUUUGGACUCAGGACCAUGUGCGUCAGUGGGUGGAGUGGGCGAUUAAAGAGUACAGCCUGGUGGAGGUGGACGUGUCCCUCUUCCUCCCACUGGACGGCAAGACACUCUGCAAAAUGUCGAAAGAGGACAUGAUGCGUCUCACGUCACCAUACAACACCGACGUCCUGUUGUCACACCUCAACUACCUCCGCCAGAGUAGUCCGACCUUCUCGUACCCGACGACUCCCACCAACACACAGCCCCCGCCGAGACUACAGGUCAAAGCUGAAAACAGUUUUGAGGAGAUCAGCAGGAGAAACAGCUGGUCGUCGGGGGCCAUGCCAGUUCUUAAAGGUUCUCCAGUGGAGCAGCAGCACAACAGCAGGAUCACAGAACCUUCAUCUAGAGUCAUUCAAGCCGUUUUUUCAUUUUUAGAUCCGUACCAAGCGUUAGGGCCGAUAAGCAGCCGCCUUGCUAAUCCAGGUUCAGGUCAGAUCCAGCUGUGGCAGUUUUUGUUGGAGCUCCUGUCAGACAGCGGCAACGCCAACAUCAUCACCUGGGAGGGAACAAACGGCGAGUUUAAGAUGACCGACCCGGACGAAGUGGCCAAGCGCUGGGGCGAGCGCAAGAGCAAACCCAACAUGAACUACGACAAGCUCAGCCGCGCCCUGCGCUACUACUACGACAAGAACAUCAUGACCAAAGUGCACGGCAAGCGCUACGCCUACAAGUUCGACUUCCAGGGCAUCUCUCAGGCGCACCAGAACCACCCGACCGAGAGCAGCGUCCUCAAAUACCAGACCGACGUGCCCUACGUUCAGAGCUACCACAACCACCAGCCCAAAGUGAACUUCAUGAGCUCCGGCCCCAUGCCCGUGUCCUCGGGCAGCUUUUUCCCUCCCACCACCAACUACUGGAACUCAGCGACCGGCGUCGUUUAUCCCAGUUCACCGAUGCCCCGACACCCGGCCACACACUCGCAUUUAAACUCUUAUUAUUAAAAUCAAGGCGAGAAUAAAGUCAGUGGAUUUGUACUAACAGAUCCACUGUUAAUUUGUGGAGAUUUAUGUCAUAGAAAAGACUGUUUUUAAUCCUCCAGCGCCGAGAAAAAACAACAUUUGGUCGUUGGACAAAAAGAUACUGCAUUUCAAGUCUUAUUAUUAAAAGAUGCAGAACAAAUAACAAAAUGUCCCUAUUUAGCUUUUUAAAAAAAAAAAAACCCAAACUAACUAUUCCACAGGGUUUAUUUACAACUUAACUCUUAUUAAAGAGGAGCCAAGGAUAAGACUUGGAGCAUAAGAGGGACAAAAGCCUUUUUCUUGCCAUUUAAAACCUAUCAUAAACCUCGACUAAAACCAGAGCACCAACGCGGGGUUUGUUGAGACCGAGACAGUUAUGUUUUCUAUAAAUAUAAAGGAUUGUUUUUGUUAUAAAUUUGUUAAAAACUACUGGAAUUUGAUGGUGAAAGUCUUUUAUGUCCAGAGACACAUUCACAGCUCAGCUCGUUUUAUUAUUAUUAUUUAUAUAAUAUGACGUCCAUCACGUGUGAAAUUUACCACAAACAGCUUCACUGAGUACAGUAUAUAAUUACACCUCAAUCAAACCUUUUAUUCUGGAGAACAAAAAGGAUCCAGAGGGGAAAAUAUAGCGUACAAAUAGAAAUAAAGGACAAUUUAUGACAUAACACUUUUAGUAAAUAGUAAAGGGUAGUGUUUGAUUACAUUCGUAUUACAUCUGUUAAUUCGGAGGAUGCUUUAUAUUCUUAUAUGUGAUGCAGAAUAUUGGCUGUAGAUCUCUGGGAUGUGAACUCACAAACUUCUGGUCACUAGAGAAGAAGUAAAAACCUAAAGGGCUGCAAAACAUAAAGGACUUUAAAAGAAUAAAGGGUUUUCUUUAUUAUAUAAACCAAACUUUUACCAAAGAUAUAUUACUUGUAGCAAUUACACACACACACACACACACACACACACACACACACACACACACACACACACACACACACACGUGUAAAUAAUAUUUUGGUGUAUAAAAGGUCACCAGUUUUCCUCCUCGGAUUACGAAGUCAUAUGCAGCUGCAGUGCGUUUGUCUCUGUAUUGUUUUCAUGACUUUGUACAGAACUGUAGACCCUUAGGACAUGCAACAACAUCACACUUUUAUAUGUAACUAUUUUAUAAACCAGUUAAGUAAACAUGUAUCUCACAUUUGCUUUUAUUUUUUGCACGCAAAGUUGUUUCCUCUGUUUUAUUAUCAAGCUCAUUUUGUGACAAUAAAUGUAUAAAA